AUGCAAUGCCAUGCCAUGCCACGCCAUGCCAUACUAUAUGACGUUUCAAUUGGUAGCUCGAAUCCUGCCUUCUCCAUGGUUGAUCUUCAUCCAACCCCGAAACAAACAAUCCUCCAGGUCUCGGAACGAACGGAACAGAAAGAAAGAAAGAAAACACGUUGCUUUCAAGCACGAAUUCUGGUCAAAGAGAACCAUGCUUUCCUGCAAUGCCUCGGUCGGGGAUUUAAGCAAGGAGAUAUAGCAGGCGUUGUACAGCGUUCGCAGACGGAGAAGUGCAGCGCAGCGCAGCACAGGACAGGACAGGACAGGACAGGACAGGACUGUGGGCCUCGUGGGACCUGCAGCAGGCAUUGGAAGUACCGCUGGCGACGGGUACAUACAGCUAGCUAG